CCCCUGUGCCCCUUUAGUUUAAGACCAAGAGGUACUUCGGCCAGAGUGGUAGAGAGUGAAGAACAACAGGAAGGACGGGGGAAGAUGACAACAGUAAAAGUGGCGUUAUUGUGCAAAAGAGGCAGUUUGAGUCGUUUUGAGAAAGAGAAAAUAACUCUGAGGAGGUAGAAAAGAGGUAGGAACAGGAAAACGGAGUCCAGCCAAUUGGCAUCAUUUGAGUUAUUCAGCUCAGCUCGAAAACUCUGUCCAGACUGAAAAACCACCAAGGGCCUCUCCGUGCUGUGAACACUGUGGACGGUCUGCAAGAGGAGCACACGCAUCCACGAGUGUUAGGAUUUAUCGCUGGGACUGACUGACGACGCUGGACUCUGUUAUCCUUCCUGGCAGCACUCAAACUAAAUUCUCUCAGUACAAUCCAGCAUUCAGAGCCAGGGCUACUACAAUGGGCCUGCAGAAUGGAGUUUGAUAUUGACUUCCACAAACACUUUGCAUGGCUUCGAAAGGUAAGCCAUCAGUCAACAGACAACAGUGAGUCAUACCAGGAGCGUUUAUCACGUUUGGAAGGAGACAAAGAAUCUCUCAUUCUGCAGGUGGGCGUGCUGACAGACCAGGUGGAAGCGCAAGAGGUAAAAAUCAGUGACCUACAAAGUUCGGUGGUGGAGCAUCGGCUAAAACUAAACGCAACGGAAGAGAUGCUGCAGCAGGAGCUCCUACAUAGGACAACACUGGAAAAACAGAAGCUGAGUCUUAAGGGGGAGGUGUCCUACCUGAAGCUGAAGCUCACUGACAUGGAGGAGAAACAGAGCAAUGGAGGAGAGAGGCAACACAAAGCAGAGAGCGUUGUGAAUUUCAUUAGUGAGCUGCAGGAGCAGAUGUGUAGGUUUCAGAAGGAGAUCAAUAGCAAGAUCCAGGAGAAAAAAGCCUCAGAGAACCCAGCUGACGGUGGCUCACCAACGCCAUGCCCCACCCACUCCACAUCCCCCGAGGAUUCGCACGCCGACCCCUCAUGUAACUCGGCCGCAGAGGGUUUGGUGCGGGAGCUCAAGAUUCUCAAAGACAAAGUACAAUACUUGGAAGACGAGAAAUUAGAGUAUGAGAAAAGACUCAAAGCCAGCAAGGUGGAAAUCAACAGUCUUCAGCAGCUUCUCUUGAAUAAGAAUACAGAGAUUGAAAGCUUGCAUACUCAGCUGCUGACAAGAUCUCCUCUAGUCACUGCGAGCUCUGAGAGAGACCAGGAACUGCAAAGACUUAGAAGUGACAUUAAAUCCUUGGAAGAUGCUAAUGAUGAAAAGGACCGGCGCAUUGAAGAACUCACUCUGCUCUUAAACCAGUGCAAGCAAUUCAGAGAUCAGACACACAACGCAAGGCAAGCACCACCUGGUGGCCGUUCCCUGUUGAACGGUAGUACAAAUUCAAGUAGCAGUGAGGAAGAGGAGCGAAACCCGAUGAAGAAUGCUGAUUCUGCCAGUGCAAAAUCCGUGGAUCUAAAGUCUGAUGUUUCCACCAAUAGUGCGUCCUCUCAUCAAACAUCAAUUUUGUCUCAGAAGGACAGUGAUUGCAGGCCAGAGACGCAGACAUCAUCCAGUAGCAUGACUGACUUAACAAGUAGUCAGACACCAAAGCAGAAGGACGCCAGGAGUCCGGUGCUGCCUGUCCGUUCGUCUCCCACAGAAUGCACCACUGAGCUCCAAAGUGAACGGUCUCCAGAUGACAGUGAAGAUGGAGACUCCAGCCAAACCAAAUUGGAGAACAUAAACAACUGCUCUGUGACACACAGCCCACCAGGCCACAGAAAUGUGGGAUCACCAGAGUACAUGAAGACAAACCGGAGCCUCAAGAGACUUUGGGGAAAACUUCGAAGAACCAAUUCUGGAGGAGUCACUACAGGUGAUCCAGACACUGGUCCUUUUAGAAGAGGGGGUUUCCGUGCAACGGCUGGACCCAGACUAACACGCACCCCAGAAUCACCGGAAUCUGCACGUGACAUGAAUCUCCCAUUUAGCCAAUGGACCAAAGAGCAAGUGUGUGGCUGGUUGGAGGACUACGGCCUUGGCCACUAUGUAAGCCUGGCCAGGCAGUGGGUCGAAUGUGGCCAGACACUACUUUCUGCCACACCUCAAGAUCUUGAAAAGGAGAUGGGUAUGAAGCACCCUAUGCACAGGAAGAAGUUGCAGUUGGCAUUGAAGGCGUUCUCUAGUAAAAUCACAGAGAAGUCAUCUGAGCUGGACCACAUCUGGGUCACCCGGUGGCUGGAUGACAUUGGUCUGCCUCAGUAUAAAGAUCAGUUCCAUGAAGCUCGUGUGGAUGGCCGCAUGAUACAGUACCUCACAGUGAAUGACCUCUUGAGCUUAAAGGUGACCAGUCAACUUCAUCAUCUCAGUAUUAAAUGUGCCAUCCACGUCCUCCAUGCUAACAAGUUCAACCCCCACUGCCUACGACGCAGGCCGGGGGAAGAGAAACAGCCAUCUCCUUCAGAGGUAGUGCAGUGGUCAAACCACCGUGUGAUGGAGUGGCUUCGAGCAGUUGAUCUUGCAGAGUAUGCACCUAAUCUGCGAGGCAGUGGUGUCCAUGGUGGCCUAAUUAUCCUGGAGCCUCGCUUCAGCUCAGAGACUUUGGCCUUGCUGCUAAAUAUUCCCCCACAGAAAACAUUACUCCGUCGCCACCUGGCCACAGCCUUCUCUACACUGGUGGGGAGUCAGGCCACGCAGGAAAAGAGAGAGUACGGGAAUGCUACAGGCCAUAUACCACUCACGACCACAUCUAAAGUCAAGCCAAAGAAACUAGGCUUCACGCAGUUUAGUCACCUCAGAAAGAGGAAACCUGAUGAAUCUGCAGACUACAUUUGCCCCAUCGAGGGUGGAUUACUGACUGUGAAUGGGAUUUCAAGGGUGACCUCCGCUACACUUAGGGGUAUCAGCCCCACCUUGGACAGACAGCCAAAGAAGCAGGAGCACGGCGAGGGCAAUCAAUGGCAGACUAACAUAAACAACUGCUAAGAAAUCACAGCGGUCAGCUUUAUACUUUCAGCUCAUAAAAUCCAAAAAUGUGGAUUCCUCGACGGUCUGUAAUGCAUAUCAUGUAAAUGAAUCACAUAAUGCUUGAACAUGUUUCUCUGAAAUGAAUGUGUAAAAUAUGAAGUCAAAGCUGCCCUCAGCAUUCCUUUUGCAAUUGUUCCGAAAAUUCCAUAUGCUUUAAGGCCCUUUUGAGGGUGUGUAUGAGUUGGAUCUAUACCUCGAGAUGACGCUUUAUUUAUACUCUACAUCCUGAUUCACUGAACAUUUUUGGAUCGGACAUUUGUGAACUAGGCAAAUCUUGUCUGUCAUGUCUUGUGUUGUCUAGCACAAUAGCUUUAAUCAGAGUUUUUGCUAAAUUCUCUGUGUCACAAUUUUUUUUAAGGUCUUGCUGAAAGCUUUUGAGAGGAAAAGAAAACCUCAUAUUUGCUGCAAUGCUGAUAUUGUUCCUUGUGUUCCACCAUCAAAGUACUGUUGUAAAAUAUAAAUUAUUACUCUAUUGUUUGAUUGGUUCCAAGUACUAUGCGUUGUGCUUUUGAUGUUUGUACAAGUUAUUGAUGGUUAAGGUCAGUACUGUAUAAGCCUACGAUGGAUAGAUCAGUAUUAAUUGUUUUGUUCCGAAGCCAUCUUAACAUGAUUUAAUACUAUACUGAGGCAAUAGUUGGAUUUUAAUACUUAAAGGGAAAGAAAAGGUUUAGUAUAAAUGACAUUCAAAUAUUAUUUAACGGGAACCUCGGACUUAAAGACUUGUAGGCUCUAAUAAGCCACAAUUGUUCUCAUUUACUAAAAUAUGUUAGUAGAAAAAGAUAAAACAUUGCCUUUGAUUUAAAAAUCUGUAAUAUUUAGUACAUGUUUUGACAUACGGAGGGCGCCAUGUUUUUAGCGCGCAAUGGACGCUCUGGGUGAUGACGUAGAUUGUCACUGUCACCAGACGAAUACUAACGGGUUACUGCAAUCCUUUCUACGCGCCAAGACGUCCAACUGUUAAAAGCGGAGAGUAC